UGGUUAAUUGAUAUUCUAAUAAGGCUUAACAAAUACCCUUUUAAUAGUCUCAGAUGUGUGCCUUUUUGUUUAAUAUAUAAAGCUUACUACCUUCAUUUGCAUCAUUUCUAUAUCUCCAUCUUUGUAACUUCUCUUCUCAUACAUACAAAAAAAUCUUACAAUGGAAGAUCAGUUUACAAGAAGGGACACUUUCAUGUGCAAGGAAUUUCCUGGUUAUAGUUUUCAUGAAGGAUCAAAAUAUUUUGAUGAUCAAGUCAUUUGGACAAGAACUAAUGACAUUAACAACGGCAGCAUGAAAUCAUCAAUCACGAGUUCUGAUUCGAGUUCAUCGGUGGAGGAGGCGGAGGCUUCAGGUACUAAUAAUUUGAUUGGUAAUAUUCCUGGAUUUAUUGAACAGGAUGUUACCAAACAAAAACAUGCAAAUUCUUUUCUUUCAGGAUUCAAUUCUAUCAAUAUGAAUCAAAGAUCUUCAAUUGAUCCUGUAAAUUUCUUGGAGUCUUUUCCAAAAAUAAGCCGAUCCCAAAUAUCUGAACCAUCUUCCCCAUCAAAAUUUCCAAAUUUAACUUUGUUUUUGCAAGAACCCAAUAAUUCAUUUGAUCCAGCAAAACAAACUACUCAUCACGAGGAUCAAAAGUUUGAGCCUAUGUUACUAUUUCCAAACGCUUCAUUUUCUUUACCCCAACUAGGGCAAAUCCAUACUCAGGAAAACCAAGAGUGGCUAAAAAUAAAUCAAACCCUAACAAAUUACUCUACCAAAGGGUUUAAUGAUUAUUGGCUUGGCACUACAAAGACGCAACCGAUGAAAUACACUGGCCGGAGAUUGCAGAAUCAGCAGCAAAAGCCUAGUUUAUCUUCGCCGGCCGGGAAGUUAUUUAGAGGAGUUAGACAAAGGCAUUGGGGCAAAUGGGUUGCAGAAAUUAGGUUACCAAGAAACAGAACUAGGGUUUGGUUAGGCACUUUUGAAACAGCAGAAGAAGCUGCUAUGGCUUAUGAUACAGCAGCUUAUAUGUUACGUGGAGAUUAUGCACAUUUGAAUUUUCCAGAUCUUAAGCAUCAACUACAGGCUAAUUCUUUAAAUGGGUCAACUAUAUCAGCUCUUCUUGAAGCAAAAUUACAAGCAAUAUCUCAAGGCAACAAUAAUAUUUCUGGUCAAAAGAAGCACAUUCUUGAUCCAUCACCGCCAACAACAUCAUCAAACAAGGAUUUUGGCGAAAACCCACCAAGAAAAUUAGAUGGUUGUGAUUAUGAAGUGAUUAGUGAAAACAAGAAAGCUCAUAAUCAUCAUCAAGAAGUUUUAGCAUCUGAUGUAGAUGCUGUUCAGUUAAGUAGAAUGCCUUCUUUGGAUAUGGAUAUGAUCUGGGAUGCUUUGUUAGUCUCUGAUUCGUGACAAUUGAAUCUUCAUUUUCACAUUUUCUCUGAAUUCAAUCAAAUCGAGUAUAAUUUCCAAAUUUCCUAGAGUUAAUCAUAGAUAUAAGUUCAUGUUUGGUACUUAUAUUUCUACCUUGAAUAGCAUAUACCAAUUCUUGUUUUUAUGUCCCUUUUGAUUAUUAGGAAACUGGUUUAUUUAUAAUUGAUUUACAAUUUAGGAUCUACAUCCAAAUUUAUCAAAUGAUUUGUACCAUACAUUUCUCUA